AAAGACUCUGUCCACAUUUAGAAGUGCCUAGCAAUGCCUUCGUUAAAAAUGGCAAUCCAAAAAGGACAACAUGUAAAAAGACAGUCACAUUUGGAUGUAAAUCUGGGUACCGUCUUCAAGGAGACCAAACAAUGUCAUGCCACAAAAAGCUUGCAAAGUGGGAGUACAAACCUCCCCGAUGUGUUCCCUUAAAGGGUUCAAAUACUACACCUACACAGGAUGAAAAUGCUGCAAAAAAGAAAAAGGAAUAUUUACCUCCAUUUUUAAGUUCAUGCGGCAGACCACUUAUUCUACCGAGCCCUCAAAUAGAAGACCCACGAAUCGUAGGAGGGCAAGCUGCUGUGAACCAUUCAUGGCCUUGGGCUGCUUCGUUACUCUGGAACGGGGAGCUGUUUUGUGGGGGAAGCCUCAUAGGAACACGGUGGCUUAUAACAACUGGACACUGUUUUGGGAAACAAAGAGAAAAGGUUUUACAAAACUGGACAAUCGUAUUCGGUGAACACGACCGAAAGUUGAAUGAAUCAACGGAACAGAUAAGACAUGUAUCAAGCAUAAAACUUCAUCCGGAUUAUGAAAUUGGGCAUGGUAAACCUAACGACAUUGUACUUGUUCGUUUAGACCGCCCUGUUCAUUAUACCACCUAUGUUCGUCCAAUAUGCUUACCCCAUAUAGACUACUUUGCGGAUGCAGUCAAAGAUGGCGAUCCAGAAAAUUUCCAUAAAUGCUAUACAGUAGGAUGGGGCGUUACAUCUAUGGCUGCAGACAAUUUCCCUAGUGAUGUUCUAAACGAGCUAGCAACUCCAAUAAUAGGUCAGCGGUUAUGUAAUUCUACGAUCUGGUAUAACGGGGAUGUUCAUUCUACAAUGAUAUGCGCAGGUUACGAGGACGGGAGAAGAGAUGCAUGCCAAGCGGAUUCUGGAAGUCCCCACGCCUGUUUGGUAGGAGGCUCUCGAACAGGAAGAUGGGUGCUUUCCGGUCUGGUUAGCUGGGGGAUCGGAUGUGGGCAAGUAAGAAGACCGGGAGUCUAUACUCGAGUUGCAAAUUUUUAUUCUUGGAUAAUCAACAACACAGAUAUAUCAAAAGAAAAUUAUACAAUGUCUACACCAGAGCCAACUACACCAAAGACUCGCAAACCAUCUAAGACAACUCCUGAACCAAUGUUGUCAGUAACCGUAGAUCCAGGAUCAUAUUUGACAAAUACUUGCGGAGACCGGAAGUUGCGAGAACUACAAUGGGCAAGAAUUAUAGGUGGUGCACAGGUAAUUCGCCAUUCUUGGCCGUGGAUGGUCAGUCUAUGGUACAAGGGGGAACACUUCUGUGGAGGAACUUUGAUAAGUGAAAGAUGGAUUUUGACAGCCGCUCAUUGCUUUAGGUUCCGAAGCAGACCAAAUGUGUGGAAUGCCCACAUGGGUAAACAUGAUUUGUCUUCAACUGAAUCUACCCAUAUCCAGCGAGAUAUUAGUCGUAUAAUUACUCAUGAAAACUACACUCCAUCAACAAACAAUAACGAUAUUGCUCUACUACGUUUAACAACACCAGUUCCAUACACUAUGGGGAUUUCCCCGGCUUGUUUAUCCAGUGAAGAUGUAUUUGAAACUGCUGUGAAGAAAGGCGACCCUGACAACACACUCUACUGUUUUGCGAUGGGAUGGGGGGUGUAUUCGCAUAGACAGCUCAAGUUGUCAAGUAAUGUCAUCAGACAAGCCGCACUGCCGAUAAUAAAGUCAUCGUUGUGUAACAAGUGGUAUGAUGGCAAGGUCACUGACACAAUGUUUUGCGCAGGAUAUGAAGAAGGGAAAAUUGAUUCAUGCACGGGUGAUACGGGUGGACCACUGGUUUGUAAAAUAGGUGAUAGGUGGUUACAGGCAGGUAUCACAAGUUGGGGAGGGAUAUGUGCCAAGGCGAAGCAACCAGGAAUAUAUACAAAAGUUUCUAGCUAUAUCAAGUGGAUCAAUUCAACCAUGCGAAGAAUAGACAAAGAUUUUGAAGAAGAAUCAUGAUAGUUUGUAAUGAUACCUAUUGGAAUAAAUAAUAACAUAUCGUUGUGGUUAUUGAUAAAAUAUUACAAUGUUAUGUCAUUA